AUGAGUCCUACCUUAUCAGCCAUUUCUCUUACUAGUAUAUCGUCUACAGCAACUGUAAGGCAAACUGAAUUCACAACGGAAUUUUUGAAUCUACCUACUUUUUCCUCGACUUCUAAAACAUCCUCUAGUACAACUAUAGGAUUAUCAGUCGGUGUCCCUGUUGGUAUAUUUGUGUUUUCGUUAAUUAUUUGUCUAUUGUACGUGUAUAUUAAGAGAGAGAAAUUACAUCGUUUUGAUAAGACUUUAUCCCCUCGAUAUAGAAAUGAUGCUUCCAAAGGGUCACCUAACUUUCUAUCUAUGUGUUUUGUUACAGAAAAAAAUAAUCCAUAUGAUUUAGAACAAAAUUCAUUUCUUGAAAAACCUUGGCUAUUUGAAAAUAAUAAUUUCUCAUCGAAACUUCAUUAUGAUAUACCUGGAGUGUACCACAAUGUAAGUGACAUGGUCCCUCAUGUUCUUACGCCCGCUAAGGCCACGACCAUCGAUGACAGAUAUAAGCAUCAAAAAAAGAAAUAUAUUAUUCCAUUUGAUAAAAUGGAAAAUAUAAUAAAGCUUAAUUCUACGAAACCGCAAGUAUUAGAGGUGAAUGAGGGAGUUAAACGGCCUAUAACUACAUUCGGUAAUCAUUGGAAAUAUAAAUCUCCUUUAUCAAAAUGGUUCUUAAAUUCCUCGAACGAUUUAACUACUGAGAGUCAAACACCUAAUGCAAGAGUGAAACGAUUACAUGUACUUUCAAAGGUAGAUAAAGGUUAUGCAGAUGAUGUGUCAGAAGUUAAUGUUGAUGAAAAAUCUCCGAUAUUACAAGUGCAUAAUCAAUCUUAUAAAAUGUUGGUUGGAUUUGACUCCGUAGAUGAAACAUCACCUGAAAAUGAUAUGUCUUUGGCUGAACAUCACCGGGCCUCUGUUAUAUAUGAUGAAUUAAAAAAAUCUAUUACAUCAACAUCUGUGGUUAUCGACCCUGUGAUAUCAUAUUCAACCUCUACCAUAGAUGUAAAUGGGAGGAAGAAACGAAGAGAUAGUCGUUUCAAACAAUGUGGUAAUGAUACGGUGAUAGAUUUAGUUUCUCAUAGUGAAGAACUGAUACGAGAGGAAAACAUAAAUCCAGAGUCCCAGAUUUUAAAAGGUGGUAUAUGUAUUGUUUCCAAAAGUUAUUCACCUAGACUCACUGACGAGAUUCAAAUAAACAAAGAUGGAUAUGUUCGGGUCCUUGCGACGCAUACUGACACAUGGUGUCUAGUUGAAAAAUGUCAGAGAGAUGGGACAAGUAUACCCGGUGAUGAAACUUUAAUGAACAAUGACAUAACAAACUUGCAUUAUUUAAACAAAAACAGGGGAAUUGUUCCAGGGGACUGUUUACAACCAAUUUAG